CAACACCACCAACAAAUGGGCAAAGAAGGUUUUCCCCAACAACAGUACCUUGGCAAAGAGGUGCCGUAUAUGCAGUAUCCCCACUACAGGAAGGAGAUUCCCCAGAUGCCCAUGCACAAGGGCAAAGGCAAUGCUCAUAAAGGAGACGGCUAUAAUGGGGGCCAAGACAAAGGUCAGACAAUCCCUAGUGGCGCUGAGGGGAUUCCCCAAGGAGAGCCUGGCCCAGCCGGGCCACCUGGAGCUGAGGGACCCGCAGGACCUCCUGGACCUUCAGGGAAUGGACAGCCCGGACCCGAGGGACGACCAGGACCACUAGGUCCACCAGGGGGGGCUGGAAUUGGAAAACCAGGUUUGCCAGGACUUGCAGGCAAGCCAGGAGGAAGUGGUGAGCCUGGACCACAAGGAGAAAUGGGCCCUAGGGGUGAGGAAGGGCCAGCUGGGCAGACAGGGCCUCAGGGUCCCCCAGGACCACCUGGGCUGCCAGGAAUAGGUAAACCAGGGGGACAGGGAUUACCUGGCCAACCAGGUCUCAAGGGAGAGCCAGGUCACAAAGGGUUGCCAGGACUACCAGGAUUACCGGGACCCAAAGGAGACAAAGGGAUAGGCCAGCCAGGACAACCUGGUCACAAAGGGCUCCCAGGGACCCAAGGACCUGCUGGCCCAAGAGGGCUGCCUGGUUUUGGAAAACCUGGUUUGAAUGGGGCACCAGGGCCACUCGGACCAUCAGGAAAUAAAGGUCAUCCUGGGGAGCUAGGACCAGCUGGGCCACCUGGGGAAGGAGGACAGCCUGGCCCACCAGGUCUACCGGGUCAGGGAAAACCAGGUCAAAAUGGCCUGCCAGGACAGCCAGGCAUGCCAGGUGGGAAAGGUCAUUCAGGACCACCAGGUCUGCCAGGAAAGCCAGGACUUCCUGGAUUUGGUAAACCAGGGCUCCUAGGACCAAAAGGUGAUAAAGGUAUGGGUGGACAACCUGGACCUUCAGGACCAAAAGGAGAUAAAGGCUACGGGGGCCUGCCUGGUAUGCUUGGACCACCAGGACCAAAUGGUCCACCAGGUCCUCCUGGCCGUCUGGGAACCCCAGGUGGUUUAGGUGCACCUGGUCCUAAAGGAGAUUGUGGAGAAGUAGGACCUAACGGGCUUGGAGGAGACCAGGGUAACCCUGGUGCUUCUGGAAUACCUGGUAAGGAUGGUCUGCCUGGAAAUCGUGGAGAGCCAGGACCAAGAGGUCCACCAGGACCGGGUGGAGCGAAAGGAGAUGGAGGGCAUAAAGGUCUACCUGGUAACCCUGGAUCUCCAGGACUUCCCGGGCCAAAAGGACAAGGUGGAUUACCUGGUGCAGUGGGACCUCAAGGUCCUAAAGGAAUCCCUGGAAUGGAUGGCACUGCAGGACCAAUUGGGCCUUCUGGUCUCCCAGGUUCGAAAGGAGAUGGCGGUGUUCCUGGUCAACCAGGCAUUGCAGGUGAGGGAAAUCCAGGUAUUCCUGGUCCCAUAGGACCCCAAGGGAAAGAGGGGCCAUCAGGGCCAGCUGGACAACGAGGUCAGCCUGGCCUCCCUGGACCACCAGGCCCAACUGGUGCAUCGGGUCUGUCCCCUGAGUUCGCUGGAGUGCUCUCUCAAAUGGGCCCUGAACUAGAUGGUGUUAAGACUGGCGGCUAUGGAAAGAAGGGAAAGUAUGGAGGCAACAGGGCAGAAGCAAUGGGGGCCAGUGGGCUGGAAAUGCCAGCGUUCACAGCUUUAAUAACCACUCCCUUUCCACCUGUGGGCACUCCAGUCGUCUUCGACAAGCUCUUGUACAAUGGUCGCCAAAACUACAACCCGGAAACAGGAAUCUUCACCUGUGACAUGCCCGGCAUUUAUUACUUUGCCUACCACGUUCAUUGCAAAGGAGCUAAUGUCUGGGUGGCUUUGAUGAGGAACAAUGAGCCAGUGAUGUAUACAUAUGAUGAAUACAAAAAGGGUUUCUUAGAUCAAGCAUCAGGGAGUGCAGUACUACCUCUACAACCGGGGGACACUGUGUAUAUUCAGCUGCCCUCAGAUCAGGCCUCAGGACUUUAUGCUGGACAGUAUGUGCACUCCUCAUUCUCUGGAUAUUUGUUAUAUCCAAUGUGA